UCUCUGCUUUCAAAUCAACCCAAGCUCAGCUUCAAAUCAAAAAAACCAAACACCCAUCAUGUUCAAAUACGCCGUUGUCAUCUGCGCCUUGAUUGCCUGUGUGGCUGGCAAGCCGGGAUUGCUCCAUGCUCCGCUGGCUGCUCUACCCGCUCCUCUGCUGGCUGCUCCUGCUCCGGUUGUCACCGCCGCCAGUAGCCAAGUGGUGGCCAGGACCUUCAAUGGCAUCGCCGCUGCUCCGGUGAUUGCCCAAGUUCCGGUGGCACCUGCUCCAGUCUUGAGGACACUGGCUGCUCCCUUGGCUGCCCCCGCUCCCGUUGCCUUCGCAGCUCCAGUUCCCGCUCCACUGGCCACCCCGAUUCUCAACAGAGUGGCUCCGUUUGCUGCCCCCAUUGCCACGCCCUUCGCUGCGCCCUACACUCAUCCCAUUGCCGCUCCACUUCUGGCCAAGUACACGGCUCCACUGGCCUAUGCCCCAGCACCUUUGGGCUAUGCUGCGCCCGCUUUGUGGUAAAGGA